AACCUACACCGGUUCUAACGCUGACCCAGAUCAAUAUUAAGACUGUACUUUGUCAUAGUGUGGUAUACGUAUACGUGCAGCAUAGACAUGGCAGACGCGACACGAGACCUAUUUGUGAAGAAGAGCUUUGUGGUUAUAACCGGAGCCAGUCGUGGGCUCGGUAAAUGUAUCGCCUCUAAACUGGUGGCCAAUCUUCCGCGCUCAUCGUUUUUUCUCUUUCUAUCGCGGAACAAUGCUGCACAAGAAAUCGUGGCAUCUGAAUUGUCGACGUCAUAUCCGGGUGCACAGAUCGGAAGCUGUAAAUUCGACCAAGGACAUCUGGACCAGAACAUAUUUGAUACGUUAUUCACAGACGUUAUUAAGAAGCAUGAUUUGAACGUUGGUGAUUUCGAGCAAGCAGUGAUUGUACACAACUGUGCAACUGUUGGGGAUGUUUCUAAAUAUGCAUGGGAAAUGAUGGAAGUGGCGUCAUUACAGAAGUUCUUUGAUGUCAAUGUUACUGGUAUGAUCCUACUUAACUCUGCAUUUUUCAAAACGUUUAGCGGUACAAAGAGUCGGCUUAUUGUGAAUAUGACUUCUGACAACUCCAAAAUACCUUACCCAACGAUGAGUACAUAUUGUGCCUCAAAGUCCGCACGCGACAUGUAUUUCCGUGUUCUGGCUUUGGAGGAUCCUUCCAUCCGGGUAUUGAGCUACUCGCCCGGACCAUGUGACACUGACAUGCUGGCCAACGUUCGGGACAAAUCGUCUAACAAAGAGUUCGCAGACGACAUUAAAAAGUUCUAUAGUGAGGGUAAAGUGUUGACCUGUGACACCUCGGCUGACAAACUGGUUGCAGUCCUGAGGAAAAACACUUUCAAGAACGCCGAGCACGUGGAGUAUGAUGACCCGCUGUAGUGACUUGACGGGGCUGUUGCUGUGGAAACAAUAGUCAUGGCUGUCUAUUGUGGAGAUACUAGAAAUAGUUUGCUUAUAACUUUUAGAAGUACGAAUAUGUGGAAUAUAUAUUAGAAUUACCAAUUGUAAGACAGAAAUUAGUGACUUGAAAUGCUGAUCAAUGAUUUUGUUUUUCACACAUGGAAGAUAAGCGGCACAUUAGGUCAUUUGAUCAGACAAUGUGACGUAUGUGACACUAUGGGUUUACCCAAUAGUUAACUUAAUUAAUUAAUGUGAUUAAUGUAUGUUAGAUUCAUCCUAUAUUUGGAUUGUAAGUCGUGCGCUAGUCGAGGUCAGUAAUGUGUCAGGUGACAGUAGUCUAAAGGGUAUAUGUAAUACGUAGAGUAAUUAUAGUCACAUAUGUAUGUACCAAAGGUCUAUGGUGACAGGUUUAUAGGUAUGAGGACAGAUGGUGGCUGUAGGCAAUGAGAUAACAUAUGUACUGGAAAACGUAUUUAACGGGAUGCAUCCCAUAUUCAGGGAGUCGGGAAUUAGCCAUGAGAAGGACAGGUCAAUUUGGACCAAGGUUCAGAGAGACAGAGUAUGGGGAGUGUGGCCAUGGUUUGGCACAUGCCUAGUUACUUAGCUCGAAGUCAGAGACACAACGUGAAGUAUUACUAUACGUAGAAGAGAUGUUGUAACCACCUGUACAUGUACUUGUAAUGAGAUUGUUGAUUCACGUCUAUGAAUAAACAUCACUAUUAUCAACUGUUACGUGUGUUUACGACUGCUGUGUUACACUUACCAGUAUUGACUAC